AUGCGGCUAUCAACGGCAUUUCUGCUAGCGUUCGUCUCAAUUAUGUAUGGCUAUUCGCUGCCCCUGGAAGCGGAAUCUAAGAGAGGCAACUUAGCAUCCAAGCAACUGGAUGUCAUGGAUCGUAAGUUGACAGUAAUUCGAGGAGCACAGGAAGAGCAGCAGCGCAAGCUCAUUACCAUGGAUUUCAAGCUCAAUCAAGUGCUCAGUAAGAUGAUUCAUCUUACUCAUGCUAAGCCUGCCAAGGAGGAGCUUUCUUUCAACUUAAGCAUGGCACUAGACAAGUGGCAAAGCAGUUCGAAUAAAUUGGAACAGCAAAUAAAUAAAUUGCAGAUAAGCUUAGAACGAAGAAAUGAGCAUGACAAGCAACUGGAAAAACACUCUCAGCAACUGGAAUUAUUAAGUGAGGAUGCAAAGUUGGAAAUUGCCAAUGGGAAGGAGUCAAAGUACGUGCAGCCAGCAAAGGCGGAUUGCUUUGAGCUGGAUGUAGAGCAGCGUGUGGAUGGUGUCUACAAAUUUUUAGAGCCCGAAUUGAAUGAGAGGCAACGCGAUAUCAAUGAACGAUACUGCGCCUUUGCAACCGAUGGAUCUGCGUGGACCGUGAUACAAAGAAGACGCACCAACUGGAAGCAGAAGGAGGAAAACUUUCAUCGCAAUUGGGAUGAGUAUCGCACUGGAUUUGGUGACUUGUCAAAUGACUUUUGGUUUGGCAAUGAAUUCAUACACAAAAUUGUUUAUCGCGACGAUUAUAUACUGCGCAUCGAGCUGCAGGAUCACAAUGGCAUUGAGGCCUGGAUCGAAUACGGCCUGUUUCGGCUCGAUAGCGAAAGUUACAAUUAUCAGUUGGUGAUUGGCAAACUUAAUGAAAAUAGCACCACAUCCGAUGCACUCACAUAUCACAACCGCAUGGACUUUACCACAUAUGACCAUCGUUAUGAUGAUACCACUAUUGAUAAUGAUAAUGGUAAUGAUAAUGGUUGGUGGUCUGUAGCCAAAUCCAACUUAAAUGGUCACAGUAUUUUAUGGCACAACGAAUAUUCACUGAAUGCAUCACGUAUGCUUAUACGUCCACUCAACAUUAAUCCACUGCUCAUCGCCACUGACGAUUCUUACGACGAAGAUACUUCCCUAGUUUGA